AUGCAUCUGUGUUCACGAACCUUUUGGUUGGUCCGUUGGCGUACUUGCGAUCAGUGGAUCAUUUUCAGUUGUAGUCGAUUGCUCCCCGAGUUUAGUACGUCUGUGAUUGAAGUUGUCAUCAUGAAGCGGUUGAGAAAUCAUGGUACUGUUCUAUUGAGUCUAUCUGUGCUGUUGAUAGUUGCUGCUGGUGGUAAUGUUGGUGCACAAACGGUGGCCGAUUGUGUGAGGCUUGCUCCAGAGUCAGCCAGAAGCACAGUCUGCGAUGUCCGGCAGUAUCGUGCAACGCGUGGUGUCGAUGCAGAUCAGUACAUACAGUGUGCUUUAGCUGCCUUAGGAUUUGUUGAUGAAAAUGGUUCAAUUCAGAGGAACAUCAUUCUAACUGCAUUGGAUGCAGUCGAAAACCACGAUGGAGUAUACACCGAUAGUGUGGACGCUUGCCUAUCGAAGGCGAAAAAACUUUCCGGAGUUGAGCGUUCCGGUGCAUUCUACUGCUGCAUGCUCCGUACCGAGUCGGCACAAAACUUUAAGGACGCUGUCGAACUUCAGGAGCUAAAAUCGGCAUCGAAAUGGUCCGAAGGUGAACGCUUCGAUCGUUCCAAAGUGCAGCAAAUGAUGCGGGAAGUGAACAAUCAAUUAAAGUGUUAAUAAAAUGCACCAUUCCAUUUCAA